AUGAAGUCUCACAAGCAGAAGUCAAAGAAGAAGCUGCUCAACGCCAACAAAGAAGCUGAAGAUCCAGUGCGAUGGCUGGUGCUCCGAGGGUGGAGCACGGAUCACGAACCUCUCCAUCAUCCCACCGGAUCGUCGAACGAGAGCUCUCGACAUUGCAUUGGAUUCCUUUCCAAUGACAAGCCAAGAGCAAAAGAAAUGCAUGGAGAGAAGCCGCUCGAUCGAAAUGCGUGCUUGGAGCUUAUCAGAUCGUGCACGACACUAUCCAUGGCCAAGGAAGUUCACUCGCGAGUGGAGCACCGCCUUGCGUCGGAUUCAUUCGUCGCAAACAUGCUUCUGCAGCUCUACGACAAGUGCGGGAGCAUCAGCUCGGCCCGGCGAAUAUUCGAUAGCAUUCCCCGCAAGGACAUUUUCUCCUGGAACUUCAUGCUCUCUGCAUAUUCCCACAAAGGGCAUCUGGAGAAAGCAAAAGUGACAUUCUUGGAGAUGCCCGCGAGGGACAUUGUUUCGUGGAACACACUGGUGGCGGCAUUUGGAAGCAACGGUCGGGUCGAGGAUGCGGGACGCGUGUUUGACCAGAUGCCAGAGAGGAAUCUCUCCUCGUGGACGGCUUUGAUCCUAGCAUAUACCUGGAACGGGCAUACGCAUGGCGCUAGAGAGGUCUAUAAUGGCAUGCCCGAGAGAGAUCUCGUCUCAUCCACGGCAAUGCUCUGUGGAUAUUCUCAAACCCAGAUUCUCGAUGGCGCAAAGGAAAUCUUUGAGGAAAUGGAAGUGAGAGACAUUGUGUCGUGGACAUCGAUGCUGAGCGCAUAUGCUCAGAAAGGGAAGCUCCAAGAUGCCGAGAGAAUGUUCGAUACGAUGCCUGAGAGAAACUCCGUGUCAUGGACUGUCUUGUUGGUCGCUUACGUUCGAGCUGGAAACUUGAGACUGGCAGAGAAAAUAUUUGAUGAAAUGGAGGAACGCAGUGUUGUCUCGUGGGGAGCAAUGGUGACAGCAUAUAACCAAAUCGGGGAUCUUGACAAGGCUAGAGCAGUGUUUGAUUCCAUGCCAGAGAGAACACAAGCUUCAUGGAACACCAUGCUGACGGGAUAUGCCCACAACGGGUAUAUCAAAGAAGCGGAGCUCUUGCUUGACUUGAUGCCUGAGAAGGACUCCAUAACUUUCUCUGUGAUGCUAGUAUGUUAUGGGCAACACGGUUUUGUGGAAGAAGCUAAGCACGUAUAUGAUUCCAUGCAAGGGUGGGACAUGGCUGUCACGAAUGCAAUGCUCUUAGCAUAUGCCGCCCAGGGGCAUCUGAAGCUUAUGCUGGAAUUCAUGUUCCAAAUGCCAGAAGUGGACUUGGUUUCCUGGACUACAAUAUUAACAGCAUUUGCACGUUCUGGGAACAUUGCCCAAGCAAAGGUUUUGUUUGAUAGGAUGCAAAAUCAUGAUUUAAUUGCAUGGAAUGCUAUGCUAGCUGCAUAUGCUCAAAGUGGAUAUCCCGUUGAAGCUUUAGAAGUUUCUCAUUUGCUUAAGAUGGCUGCUGAAAUUCCUGAUGGAAUUAGCUUUGCAAGUGCCCUCAUGGCAUGCAGCCAUAAAGGAGAUAUCGAAAGAGGGCUCUCAUUGUUUAGAUCGAUGAUAGGAGACUUUGGAAUUUGGCCGGAGAGGCAACACUUUUGCUGGAUGAUAGAUCUUCUGGGUCGUGUUGGGUAUUUAGAUAAUGCCAAUGAUCUAAUAAGAGAAAUGCCAGUUGAGCCAAAUGUGCUUGACUGGCGAUGCUUGCUUGGAGCUUGUAAAAGUGUCAAAAAUGAAAAAUGUGGAUUGGCAGCAAUGGAAGAAGUAAUAAGGCUGGAUGAAAAAAAUGCAGGGGCAUUUGUGCUAUUUGCCCAUAUAUGUUCUCUUGUCUAA